UUACUCUAAUGACGCCCCGCCCAGUAAACGUAACGCUUCAGCACUGGUUAAAUAGCUGCAUUUUUCAGUUACACCAUAUUCGACAAAAUGGCAAGAACCAAGCAGACCGCCCGUAAAUCCACUGGAGGCAAAGCCCCAAGGAAGCAGCUGGCUACUAAAGCUGCCCGUAAGAGCGCUCCGGCCACCGGCGGCGUCAAAAAGCCUCACCGCUACAGGCCCGGCACCGUGGCUCUACGUGAGAUCCGCCGCUACCAGAAGUCUACUGAGCUGCUGAUCCGCAAACUCCCCUUCCAGCGUCUGGUCAGAGAAAUCGCUCAGGACUUCAAGACAGAUCUGCGCUUUCAGAGCUCUGCUGUCAUGGCCUUGCAGGAGGCCAGCGAGGCUUAUCUGGUUGGUCUGUUCGAGGACACCAACCUGUGCGCCAUCCACGCCAAGAGGGUCACCAUCAUGCCCAAGGACAUCCAGCUGGCCCGCCGCAUCCGCGGAGAGCGCGCUUAACUUAACCGUUAACCUGAUUUAAACCCAAAGGCUCUUUUAAGAGCCACUUCAGUACAUCAGAAAAGUGAAAUUUCCAUCUGUUUAGGUUUUAAUCUACUAGCCAGGCUUCUUUCUUGUUUUUACAGUCUUUUUUAGUCUCAAGAUAUUACUUCAAUUUUUUUUGUAGCUGUUGUACCAACUUUGAAUUUCACAGCAAAUUACAUUGAACAGGUCUAAGUAAGCAGGAUAUUAUACGUUAUUUCAUUUUUUUUACUUUAGUAGAGAAAAUCCCAUGCUGUCAACACCAACCAUUAUAUUUAGUUUGACUGUUCCUGUAGAAGUUAUCGAUGCUCCAAAAAUGCUCACUGCUAUAAUACAUCGAUGUAAAAUAUCGACAUUUAUUCCUUAAGUCAAAAGUCUCUCUAAAUAAGCAGCAAAAUACUUAACCAACAGACAUUUGUCUUAGCCAAUCUUACUGCAUGCAUUAC